AUGACCGAUCUUCCACCACCCGAUUAUUCCGACCUCGAUCUACCGUCCUACGAUGAUACCCUGCUCAGCACUCCUACUCCCGCUGCGGCCUCUGGGAACCCCACUACUAAACCCGGCCUCGCUCAGGCGGCAAAAUUCUACAUCUCAGGACGCUUUAUCUAUUCAUCUACUGGCUCUCAAGCACCGGCAUAUGAAUUCUCCCACUCUAUCGGCUAUCUCCACGACCAUGAUCGCAGCGUGAAAGUCGAGCGUGUCGACUCGGUCAUCAAGAACUCGGCCGGUCUUCCUCAAGUCGCUCUCAAAAACCGCCACCUCUUCGAUCUCAAGCACCCAACUGCCGCCGAGUUCCCCACGUUCCCCUACCAUGCCGAAGCCGCUACGCGUCGAGCCCUGUGCUCUUUCGGAGUCUCUUACUUCCGCUCUGGUAAUCUCUUAAGGCAGAAGAAGGGUUUCCGAUUCGACCGCGCAGUGAAGGGCGCCGAUCGAAAGCUAGAGCCUCAGGGUAUGCUAUACGAAGCGUCCUCUUCACGUAGUAAAGGCGUCGCAUACGAGUGGCGAGAUGCGCAGGGAGAGUUGAUAGCAAGGGAAGUCGAAGAUGAGAAAGCCAGCAUGAGUCUGGUAAUCACAGCCGAGAUGAGUGUUGAAUUGCGCGAUGCCCUAGUUGCGGCCUGGAUAUUACGGAUAUGGUACGAGUUGUCCAAAGGGAACAAUUCAGCCACGCGCUUGAUGAGGGUAGGCGGGCCUCAGCAGAACCUAUUGUAUUUAUACGCUGGUCUCGCUGACAGCAGGUUGUAG